AUGGAUUAAUAAUCUGAUCAAAGUACUCAAGAUAAAGAAUCGAUUUAAGACUUGGAAUAAUCUUAAACAACUUCAAAUGUCCUUUAAUAAUAACCAAUUAAAGAAAUAGAAUAUCCAGAAGUCUAAAUAUGUAUUUCAAUAGAAGAUGCUAUAAUGAAAGAUGCAGGAUUUGGAUAAAAAUUUACAGUUUAUUUAAUUAAAGGAUCAGACAAUCAAGGAUCAUUUGAAGUCUAGAGAAGAUAUAACGAUUUUUUUGAAUUAAGAGAAUUAUUAGUCAAGAAAUGGCCAGGGUGUUAUAUUCCACCAAUUCCUGAAAAAGCAUUAGCAAGUGGCAAUGACAUAGAAACUGUUUAAAUAAGAAGGCGACUUAUGGAAGUCUUUUUGAUGGCAAUUACAUAAUUACCAUACAUUUAUUAUUCUGAAGAUUUCUAGUAAUUGUUUUUGAGAUCUAAUUCACAAGAUAUUGCAAAAGUAAAUAUCAUCUAAAUUAAUGUAGAUUUAUCAACAGUAAAAAGCAAUAACAACAUCAGAUAUUAUUGAUAGAUUAAAGAUAGCUUAUCCAAAACUUGACGUUAGAGAUUAAUCAAAUAGUGAAUAUAUGUUAGCUAUCAGUACCUUUUCAGGUUAAUUAAGAAAAUCAUAAGCCAUUUUGAAAACAUAUAUUGAUUAGGCUAAUAUAGUUGCGCAAACUAGAAGGAUAUUAUAAGAUGAAAAAUGUAUAGUUUUAUUAUUCAAUUUUAGUGAACUUAUUUAAUGGAUCUUUACCAUUUUAUGAAAAAGUUAUUCUUAAUGAAUAUGUUUGUGGUAAAGAAUAAUUAUUAGUAUUAUCUAACCCAUCCUAAUAAGAAGAUUAUAAAAAAUUACUCGAAGAUAUUGUAAAAUUUUCAAUAUUAAUUUUUAGAAAGAAACAAAUAAGAAAAAUAAUAGCAUCAAUUCAUUAACUGAUUUAUUUAGAUAUGAAUUAAAAGAUGCUGAAUGUAUGUAAUAAACUUUAGCUUACAGAGAUCAAAUCAUUAUUAUUAGAGCAAGAUAGGAAUAAAAAAUGAGAGAAGAUUAAGCUGAAUUAGCAAAAAUGGCAGCAAAAUAAUAAACUUUAACUACUAUCACUAAUUCUACAGUCAAUAAAUCCAAGGAUGCUUCAUAAAUUAAAAUAGAAUAAAGAAUUUCAGAAGUAAAUUCUUCAUUAUAAUUAGGGAUAACAAGAAAUUGAUAAACUCUUUUAAUUAUAUAAUAUUAUUACAGCUAUUAUUGCUACCUAAGAAAUUGAAAAAUAUAGAAAAGCUAGAGUUAAUCAUUAUCAUAAGUUUUUGAACGCUAUUCAACAAUCUGAAACUAAAUUAUAUUAAAUCGAAAAUUAAUUUUUGGAUAAAGUUAUACAAGAGGCUUAAAAAUAGUAAAAAUAAUCUUAGUAAGAAUAAUAAUAAUUAAAUGAAUAAAAAUAAUAAUUUUCAUAAUAAUAAAAAUCAUAAAAAUUACCAGAUCAAGAAUGA